CAAGUAAGAGAUAUAAAAGCUGUGAGAGAUCAUCAGUACUUAAAAAUACUCUGAAUUCUGAAAAACAUAGGAUGUGAUGUAAUGGAUAGAUCACAGCAUGUGAAAAUGAUGUGCAUACCUUGCUCGUUACUUCCACAAUCUGAGGCAUUUUCUGAGAACUGAUACUUCAGACCCAACGCAGUGUGAAAGCCAUUUCCUCACUGAGACCUACACCAGCACAGCUCAAUGGCGGACAUAUGCAAUAUCACUUUUGACAACUAUCAAAAAGAUAUCUUCACCUGGUUGUACAGUGUUUUAACCAUUGUUGGAUUACUUAGCAACGGUGCUGUUCUAAGGGAUUUGUGGAAAGCAGAGAAAACAGUGACUGGGAUUUUCACAAUCAACAUGACAGCUGCAGACCUGCUUUUAUGCUGCAGCUUCCCAUUCCGGAUAGUGUAUUAUCAACGCAGCUCGGAGUGGGAACCAAAUGCCUACUUGUGCACAGCAACCAUUUUUACAACUGUAUCACUUUUUUACAUCAACUUGUACUGCAAUAUUUGCUUCCUAAUGUGGAUCUGUAUUAACCGGUACGCCAGUGUAGUGAGACCACAACAUGUAUUUUUUAAAUUAUUCAAAAACCCCAAAAUGUGCAAAUUCCUUUGUGCUCUCACAUGGAUUGGGACACUCUGUGUAACCUUAUCGAAUCUCAUUCACAACCUUCCAAGAAACUCUGUGCCAGCUAAAUCCUGCUUCGACCUCAUUGCCAGCAAAACCAGGAAUAAUUACAACCUGUUACACGCCUUGUGCAUUGCAUUGUUCUUUUUAAUUUUAAUCAUCCUAUUAACGUUUUAUACCCUGCUGGUUUACCAUCUUCAGCGGAUGCAGGAUGGAAAUUUAGUGAUGAGAAAUCAAAACGUCAGCCUACAAGUGCGGAGAAAGAUCCUGGCUACCGUGCUGGUCUUUGUGGUGUGCUUUGUGCCGUACCACAUAGAGAGAGCCAUGCUCUUGCUGUCCAGUUCCAGCGACUGCACGUGGCAGAGGAAGCAGUACAAAGCCAAGGCUGGCACCAUUCUGCUGGCAGCUCUCAGCUGCUGCGUUCUCCCCCUGCUCCACCUCUCUUUUCACUUCAGAUGCUGCAAAGCCAGGGCUGCUUCUAGCACAAGAAAUAUCCAGAGUUGCACUGAUGCAGAGCAUGCAAUUGGCCACUGUUUACCAGAAACUACCUGCAGUUAAGAAUACCAUC